AGCGAGGUGGUCGAGUAUAGUGAGAGGUGAGAAGGAAUCUGAAAGCUUCAUUGCAACAGAGAGAGUGCCACAGGGGGGAUGGCUGCACGGCUAGCUGCCAGGAAUAUGGGAUUGCGGCUUGUUCAGGUCCUCCUCGUCGCGGUGGCGGCGGGAGCUCCUGCCGCCCACGCAUGGCGCAAGGAGGGCCACUACAUGGUGUGCAAGAUCGCCGAGAGCUUUCUGACGAUCGAGGCCUCGGCGGCGGUGACGAGCCUCCUGCCGGGGUGGGCCGGCGGCGAGCUCGCGGCGACGUGCUCGUGGGCCGACGACGAGCGGCGCCGGUACCCGUGGUCGGGCGCACUGCACUUCGCCGACACGCCGGGCGACUGCCAGUUCUUCUACGACAGGGAUUGCCACAACACGAAAGGAGAGAAGGACAUGUGUGUAGUUGGAGGAAUCAACAACUACACCGCAGCCCUGAUGAACUCGUCUGCUCCAUUGGUUGAUCUGACCAUAAGCCUGAUGUUCCUGGCGCACUUCGUCGGCGACAUCCACCAGCCCCUCCACUGCGGCAACACCGUCGACUUCGGCGGCAACACCAUCAUCGUCCGCUGGUACAACACGACGACGACCAACCUCCAUCGCGUAUGGGAUUUGGACAUCAUCGAGAAAGCCAUGAAGGACUUCUACAACGACGACCUGAGCAUCAUGACACAGGUCAUUAUGCAGAACAUCACUGAGGCGUGGUCUGAAGAAGAGAGGGAGUGGGAGGCAUGCUCUAGCCGAACAAAGACUUGUGCUGACAAGUACGCUAUGGAGAGUGCAGAACUGGCGUGCGACGUGGCGUACGCGGGUGUUGAGCAGGGCUCCAUCUUAGGAGACGACUAUUUCUUCUCUGCGCUGCCGGUUGUUCGGAAGAGAAUCGCGCAAGGAGGGGUGAGGCUCGCUGCAAUACUCAACAGGAUCUUCGGUGAGAGCAGCAAGCCGCACAGCAGUUGAACCCGGAGGCAUUAAGGGAGAAGAAGGGCAAGGAGAUGGUUGCCAUGAUCAAUCAGAAUAAGAUCGUCCUGUCUGAAAAAUGUUAAUUCAGCCAUUCACAUCACUGCUCUGUCGGAUUUACUUUCAAUUUGUCGGAGUUUCUUUCCUUGGAAACCAAAGGAAUUUAUUUAUGACGCACUUUGCGCGUACCGUGGAGUACGAUGUAGAUUUUGUGCAAAAUUUAGUACGGUCACUCACUGUAAAGCGUUUCCUGAACUUGAUCACUGACACUUCUUGCGUUCCUUCCA